UUUGAUGACGUAAUACGCAAUCCCGAAUCAGGAAGAGGAUUUUGUAAACUUUGUUAUCGAAAUAAGAGUUAUCUCUUCGUGAUAAGGAAUGUAAUGAACACUUUUGAAGUGCAUCUUAUAACAAAUAUCAGACUGCACACAUAAAGACCCAAUAAGUUAGCCAUCAUGGGAUUCGGGGCUGAUUUUCAAGGUCGGGAGUCCCACGAUGCGCUUGUCCACAUUCAGGAAACUGAGAUAAAACAGCUGGAGAGCAUGAAAGCAUGUCUCAAGCAACGCAUAGAGGGAGACAAGAAGUACCUAGCUUCACUGAAUGUAUUUGUUCAGACAGCCUCCAAGAUUGAAGACACAGAGUACCACAAGUACUGCUCAGUGUUUAAGGCCUGGGAUCAAGUUAUACAAGGGACCAGAGGUCUAAUUGAACUUUUAGAGUUUGGUGUGGAUGGUCUCUCUACACAGGUGUCUGACAAGCUGAACAGUUUAAUUGCAGAAAAGAGAGCGGCUAAAAAACACUAUGAAGAAGAAAGAAACAGACUAGAGAAAGAAUUUACAAGGAUCAAAGAUGAAGUUCAGAGGACCAAAAUAGAGUAUGGCAAGAUGGUGGAAAAAGUGCGGACAGAACGUAGCAAACAUGAGGAAGCCUGUUCUAAAGGAAAGGGAGGAGGAAAAGUGGAUAGUUCCCGCCAAGCAUACACUCAGGCCAGCAUCAAGCUACACAAGCAACACAACAAAUACAUUCUGUCCCUGUACGAGCUGAAGUCUUUCCAGCAGCACUAUGGCAGCAAGACUCUGCCGUUCUUCCUCGACCACCAUCAGGCUUAUCAGGAGAUCCUAGUUCAGCAAUGCAAAGAUUUUAUGGAGAGAUUUCAUCAGCUUACAACAUUUGCAACAGUAGAUCACAUAGCUAUUUACGACAAAAUCAAGGCAGCUGUUGAUGAAAUAGACCCAACCAAAGAAUAUAUGGAAGAGUUUGCAAGCAAACACAAGUCAGACCAGUUUGCCCCAAUCACGAUAGACUUCGAUUCCAAGCUUCUAGAGGAUUACCAAGGGACCUUAGUACCAAACAGAAUGGCUGUUGACGACUUCACAUUAGAAUCACUUAUUCAAACGAAAUCCGAAAUAAAUGAUUCAGUUGCUGCCAUCAAAACAGAGUUGGCUGCCAUGGAUUCUGAGAAGAGUCAGUGCGCAGCAGUGGUCAGAAGUCUGGAGCCAAGAUUAACCUCAUUGACUGAAGAGGAAAAAACUGACUAUUUAAAAAACCUGAAACGACGGGAAGAACUCAAGAAGCUGGUGGCAGAGAGUGAAAGCAAAAUAGCCAUGAAACUGGAUGUGUUAAAACUGGUGGAGGAUCCGUUAAACAGCCUUGGGGAGGAUGAUCCACCACCAGCCAUGGAUAUUAGUGGGAAUAUUGCAGACUUAACUGGCGGAGAUGAGCCCUCAUUGAAACCAGGAAAAAAGAUGAUGAGUCGAUUUGGUCUCAAUAAAAUACCCCACCUUUUUGGGAACAAGGGUGGAAAGUCGGAUAAGUUGGAUAUUAACGGCGACUCUGAUAGUUUGAGACCUGCUUAUGAGGACCAGAUGCAGAAACCAGAAGGAGAAUUGCAUCAAGUGACUGGUUCAGAUAUGGCGCCAAAAAAGCUCGAGGAUGAAGACUGGUUCCAUGGAGUCCUUCCUCGGGAGGAAGUGCAGCGUCUGCUCGCGCAGGACGGGGAUUUCCUCGUGCGAGAAAGUAAAAACAAGCGAACAAAUGAGGUCCAGUAUGUGCUGUCUGCGUAUUGGACAGGGCACCGGCACUUUAUUAUACAGUGGGUCGAUAACGGCUGGAGAUUCGAGGGAGAUGUUUAUCCCACAAUUCCAGAGCUCGUAAAUAAUCAGUAUGCGAGCAGGAAACCAGUCACAAAUAAAUCGGGAACCAUCCUGUCAAACCCGAUACGGCGAGAAUCAUGGGAGCUAAACAACGAUGACAUCUUACUUGAUACCAAAAUAGGCAAUGGUAACUUCGGAGAGGUGUUUAGAGGAGUCUAUCGAAGGUCAGGUGAAACUGUCGCAGUGAAAACCUGCAAAGAUACGCUUUCAGAGGACCAAAGAAAGAAGUUUCUGAUGGAGGGACGAAUAUUGAAGCAGUAUGAUCACCCGAACAUUGUGAGAUUCAUUGGCAUUGCAGCCCAACGUCAGCCUGUGAUGAUUAUAAUGGAAUAUGUAACAGGUGGUGCCUUAUUGAAUUUUCUACGAAAAGAUGGCAAGAGACAAUCUCGGAUGCAGGCCGCCUGCAUGUGCCUGGAUGCUGCAAACGGAAUGGCAUAUCUCUCAGAGAAAGGUUGUAUACACAGAGACCUGGCUGCCAGGAACUGUCUGGUGGGUGACAAUCACGUCGUGAAGAUUUCAGACUUUGGCAUGUCGAGGGAGGAGCAGGAGUACACAGUGUCAGAUGGCAUGAAGCAGAUACCCAUCAAGUGGACCGCACCCGAGGCCUUGAACUAUGGCAAGUACACGACUAUGUGUGAUGUAUGGAGUUACGGUAUCCUGAUGUGGGAGAUAUUCUCAAAUGGCUUGACACCAUACCCUGGAUGGACAAACGCAAUAGCUCGGGAGAAAGUUGAACAAGGUUACCGAAUGCCUGCACCCCAGGGCAUACCGGACAGUGUCUACCAGCUGAUGUUGAAAUGUUGGGAUGCUAAUCCUUCCACCAGAAUUACCUUCCAAGAAGUUUUUAAGACUCUGAAAAACUUGACAGAACAUCCACCAAAAGGGGAAACUUGGAGUUAACAUUUGAAGAGUGUUAAACAUUUAGCUGGGUGGCGAGAAAUGGAGUUUAUAUUGAACAUAUGACCACAUUUUUCAAUUGCAUUGGUCAGGUGAAUAUAAACGAGUGAAUGCUUGAAUAAUACUGGGGUGGGUGUCAAUUAGAUUGACUUGUAUUUAUUUGCAAGUUUUUCUGUCCAUAUAUUUUCAGUUGUAAGUGCUAUUGGCAAACAUCUUUAACAUAUAAAGGAUAUAUGUAUUUGAGAGUGUAUUAUAAUGAUGUUGGUAACUUAUCUAUUUUAUUAUAUAUUAUUAUAUUCUUAAUUAAAUAAUGGGGUAUUUCCACCAUAAAAUACAAGCUACUGGAUAAGAAUUCCAUAUUUCACAAUGUGAAAUCCGUUUCCAUAUUCAAUGGCUUAAAAGGCUGACUAUUAAUAUGUUUUAGGAAUCAUAAGUAUCAAAUUAAAAUUUGCAAUUAAAAAAUAAAUUGAUUGUGUGAAAUUUUGUCAUGGAAAAACAAGAUGACACAAUUAAUAAUUCUUUCAGAAUAGACAUUUGGAAUUCGAGAAUUGAACACUUCAAUUUUGGGGUCUUAUUGGCGAAACUUUUAGCUGUUUUUGGUAUACUUUGUGGAUGUUCAUCAAAUAAACGGUGUUUAAUCCUAGAUGGACGAUUCCUGCCGGCAACCAGGACAUAGGUGUGCAUUGGUUGAUCUUUCAUGAUGUUGCCUAGUGUUAUUCAACUUGUUAAAUCAUCGUUGGAAACCUUUUCUUGUGUUAUAAAUAUAAUACGUGUGCAUCAGAACACCAAGCUCAUGUAAUACACCUUAGUUAUCCCGAAUAGAAAUGUUAAUCGGAUGCAAUUUAACAAUUUUUAACCAGGUUUUCUGAAGAAAAAAACUGGUUAUGAGAUUGGCGAAUGUCUGCAGGCGGGCUGGCGGGCGGGCGGAACAAGCUUGUCCGGGCCGUCUUUCAUUGUGAGAUUUUAAAAUCAUUUGGCACAUUUGUUCACCAUCAUUAGACGGUGUGUCGCGCGAAAGAAUUACGUCAAUAUCUCCAAGGUCAAGGUCACACUUUGAGUUCAAAGGUAAAAAAUGGCCAUAAAAGAGCUUGUCCAGGCCAUAACUAUAUAUGUCAUUCAUUGUGAGAUUUUAAAAUCAUUUGGCACAUUUGUUCACCAUCAUUGGACAGUGUGUCGCACGAAAGAAUUACGUCAAUAUCUCCAAGGUCAAGGUCGCCACGACUAAAAAUAGGUUUAUUUUGAAACAAAGGGGGUUAAUUUUAAACAAUUAGUUCAGUUUGACUUGUCUCCCUUUAUCAGACUUUUUUUCAAAUUGAAAACCUAGUUUUGUGACAAUUUUGUUCCUUGUUUCCUCACUAUUUCAAGGAAUGUUUAGGCAUUUGAAAGUUCAAUGUUGAUUGUGUCACUUUAAAUAUCAAGUACUUUUGGAGGACAUUUUAAUGUGGAUUUGAGUUGAUGUAUACUUGAGAGAUUUCAAUGAUUUAAGCUCUUUGUUUGUAACGUUCAAGGUGUCAAUCACAAAUACUUUUGCAUUUUAUCACAAUAGGUUUUUGCAUUUUAUGAUAUUGUUUAAGGUUCAGAUUUUUUAUUUUUGCUUUACUUGAAUAUUUCUAGUGAAUAAAAAGCAAGUAUAGCUAUGUCAAAGACUUCUGUUAACAUAUUUCUCAAUAUAUUGUCUGAAAGUCUUCCAUAUUAAUUCACAAACAUUUUACUGGUUAUAUAUUCAGUAAAAAAUUCCCAUUUAGAGACAGAUGAAGUUCUGCCUUGUUUAUACGUAUGAGCUGUGCUAUGGGAAAAAGGGGCUUAAUGAACGUGUGGAAAGUGUCAACCCAGAUAAGACUGUGCAGUUUAUCAGGGACAAAACUUUCCAACUAAAAUGGUUUUUCGAUAAAAAAAUAACCUUCCUUUAAACGAAAAAUACCAAACAAGCAGUCAAUUUACCGACAUGCUUUCAUCCCAGUUUUCCCAUAGCGUGGUUCAUAUAUUUAUACCAUUCCCUGGCUACAAUAGAUGAGCUAUGGUGUCCAGAAUUGGCAUGUACCUUGGCAUUUUAUUUUGAGAUAUUCCAACUGGAAAAAAGUACCUAAAAUGAUCUUUCGCAUGGCUGUUAAAUCAUGAAGUUUGAUUGUGGGCAAAUGUUGUUCAAGUGGUGGUGUAAAUAAAUAUGUGAAGUGUGUUAUAGAAACUAUAUUCCAGGUUGCCAUAGAUCGAGUCUUAACUAUAAAUCCUUCCUCCCCCAAAAUGUCUUGGUCAGACCCUUUGCACACAAGUUUUAGUCCUGCAUUUGAGGGUUAAAAUAUAUAACAUGUUGAAAAUUCAAAAUUUUAAAGAAGUUCAAUGUAGCAAUCACAUUAUUAUAAGAUUAUUUCCAUGAAAAUAUAUUUACCAUUUGCUAUUCAUAUUUUAAUAAACAAGUUAAUAAGCAUAAUAAUGUAACAUAAAUCUCAAUAGUCCCAUGACAUUGCUCAUUUUAUGUGAUUUUCUAAAUGUAUUCUCUUUAAGCUAUUUUCUAAUGCCUUUAUUAGAACAAGUUAUUUAUAUAAGCAAUAAGUUACCUAUCAAUGUAAUAAUGUUGCUGAGAAUGCAUUGAAUCAAUAUAAAUACAUUUGUAAUAUUAUUCAGCUGAGAAAUUUGUGUUGAACAUCUAUAAUUCUGUCAUUAAGUAUUACAUAUGAAUUGUGUCAUAGGAAAAUGGAUCUUAUGCCAUAUGCGGACAGCAAGGCCCCAGACCAGCCUGCUCAUUGGCACGGACUGGUCAAGACCUGACACUGCAACACCUUGUAUGACUUUAUAGCAUACAGGGUAGCUGCUGAUCAGGCUGUGCGACUUCGCAGGCUGGGAUGGAGCAACACUGGCCGUUUAUGGUAUAAGACCCUUUUUUGCAUGGCAUAGGUGAUAUUUUACUGUACAAUUGUUUUUAUGCUAUGUAUUUCAUAUUGUCAGUUUGUGAUUUUACCUUCAAAAUAAUGUCUAUAUGUUUCCCACUUUCAAGCUGUUUGGAUAGUAAUUUGUGCAUUUAUAUCUGUGAAAGGCAAUAUGUGUAAUGUUUUUAUACGCUGAAUAACAAUAAUAAUUAUAUUAUUAUUUACAAAGGUUAAUAACAAAGGUUGUAUACAACAUUACUAUGCAACAAUAUCUAUAUGUGUCUGUAAUUUGUGUAGUUUACUUUGAAUAUGACAAUUAAUUAGCACACAUUUUUUGAUGUUUUCAUUUAAAAAUGUUACACAGAAUCUUUCAUUGUCCCAAAUUGGUAAAAGAAACUUAUGUUUGUAUAAACUCAGACUUUUAAAGCAGAUUUCAAAGAUUAAAGUAUCAAAAACAUUAAAUAUGCAUUGAAUGGUUUAAAUUGUAUAAUGUUUGAUUGCUGGUCUUUAAUUUUUUGUAAUUUAAUUCAUUUAAAAAAUAGGGAUAUGUUUGUAUAUUAGAAAAAAUCCAUUGUAAAAAACUCUUUUAUUUGCAAUUGUCACUGAAAUAUGACCUAAGUAGAAAUGUGCCUUUGUUAUGUCCCAUGAUUUACACAUUUCCUUGCAAGAAAGGCUUAUACUUUUAAUAUAAGAGGCAAAAGUUAAAACACACGGCUGACUUGAAUUUUGGUUCAUUUUUAAGUUCUAAUUUCAUUUGUUCCAUGUUAAAACAUAUUUAUUUUGGAUUGUUUUCUUAUAUAUUCAUAUAUAUGUAUCUUUUACCACUCAUUAUUCUGUUAUUUCAAUACCAUGAAAUUCUUAUAAAUUUGGAACAUUUCACCAACGUUUUGCUUAGAAAAUGCAACCUAUUAUAUUCGGUGAGUAAGAACUUUUGCUCUGUUCACAAUUUAAUGUGCCAUUUUUAACAAUCAUUAUGUUUCUGUAAAUAUUAAAAUUAACAUACAUGUAUGUAAAUUGUAGAUGGUGUUUCCAUUUAUUUAUUUAAACACACUCAAACAAAAUAUAUGAACAGCUGUGGAAGUAUUAAAAUGCAGUAUUUAAGUACAUUUAGGACAAUGUGCAAAAUGAUGUUCGCAGCAUCUAAUCAUUCACAACAUCUAAUCAUGUGCAAACUUAGAUCAAUUUUGAUUUUUAAAUUUUGGUGGAUUGUAUUUUUUUCUACAGUUUUGAUAUUAGUUAUGAUUCGAACACAUUUUUGUGCAGUUGACAUGAUAACUUUAUUUGAUAAUCUUAAACACCAUGAGACUUCAGAAACACUAUGAGGAGAGAAAUUCUUAUUUGAUUUCCAGUCAUUUUUUAUCAGAACAAACACCAUAAACAUAACAUAAUUUAAACUGGAAUUACUGCCUUGGAAUAGUUAUUAAAAGAAUUGGGGGUUCAAGCCAGUUUGAAGGGUAGUCAAACCUCAACUAAGUACAGAAUUAAUCACAAAAUAACACACUUCAAUGAUCUCAAUGAAAUGUACAUAUAUGCAGGCAAACAAUGAAAACAUAGAUGUCAAAACAUGAAGUGUGAAUCAAACAGUUAACAUAUAGACUCGUAGAAUAUUGUCAAUCUAUACAAGUAAAAUAAAGCUCUGAAGGCCGAGACAUCAUAUGUUGUUGUUUGUUGAUGUUUUUAACAACAAUGAAUUUUUCUUUUUCUUUAUACAAAAUGCAGCAUGUUUUCAUGUAAGAAUAAAUAUGUAAUACAAAUGUUUUUGUGGAUCUAUUUAUACAGUUUUUAUUGUUAAAAUUAAAUUAUAAGAUUUUUGUAUCAAACUUAUGUCUAUUUUAAAUUGUGCAAAUGUCUUUUGAUAGUACUUUAAAUAGAUUAAGUAACUGAUGAGUAUUCUAACCAUCCUAUGAUGCCAGCAACUCAUAUUUAGUAAUUUUGACAUGUUUGAAUUUUAUAUACAAUGUUUGUUACACAAAUGAGUAUUCUAUAUAUAUUUGUAUUUAAUUACAUAUUAUGUAUAUAUGUAGAUAAUAUUAUGUAUUUAAUAUGUUUUUGAAUACCCCUUUUAUCAUUAGCUCGACUAUUAUAUAUGAAAUAUAUAUAGUGGAGCUAUCCUACUCACCCCGGCGUCGGCGUUUCCGCUCCCGUUAGCGUGCAAAUGUUAAAGUUUGCGUACUACCCCAAAUAUUUCCUAUGUCCUUUGACAUAUUGCUUUUAUAUUUUUCAUACUUCUUUACCAACAUGACCCAAUCUAUAAACAAGAGCAUACAACUGUAUCAAGCAUUUUGACAGAAUUAUUGCCCCUUUUAUACUUAAAAUAUGCAUAUUAUUGAUAAAUCUAUGUUGAAGUUUGCGUAGCACCCCAAUUAUUUCCUAUGUCCUUUGACAUAUUGCUUUUAUAUUUUGCAUACUUGUUUACCAACAUGACCCCAAUCUAUAAACAAGAGCAGACAACUGUAUCAAGCAUUUUGACAGAAUUAUGGCCCCUUUUAUACUUAGAUAAUUGAACAUUUUGCUUAAAUUGCCAUAACUUCUUUAUUUAUGAUCACAUUUGAUUCAUACUUUGACAAAACAACACUUACCUGACAUACCACAAUGCACUCCACCAAAACCAUCCCCCAUGCCCCACCCCAGAAUUCCU